CACAUGCAUGGACAUCAAGACAGCUGCUAUGUCCGAUAUGCGUCGAAUUUCAUUGAAGGCAUUGGCCGGAUAGAUGGAGAGAUCAUGGAGACUCUCUGGGCACGUCUGAACCUAAUUUCCCCCGCUGCUCAGGGAAUGUCGUCCCCUCAUCGACAGGAAUGUCUCGAUUUUCAGAUGAACGAUUCCAACUUCUGCAAGAUGAUCCACAUG